CAUUCUGUAACUCGUGGACACAUAAUCUCAGGUGUUUCUUAUAUGUGUGUUGUGCCACGGUAACCAGAUUCUGUAACUUGUGGACACAUAAUCUCAGGUGUUUCAACACACAGGAUAUUUGAUGCCAGUAGAGUACACUGUACAGAUGCCGUGUGAUCAUACCAGACGACUCAAUGGAUUCGAUCAUAAAUUUCGCCCAGUUGCAUAUCUAGGGCAGUAUUAAGAACAUCAAUUAAAACUACAGCAUAAAGCAAGGUCGGUAGAAGAUUAUCAACCAGAACAACAGCAUUAAACUAGGGCCAGUUCAAGAACUCCAAUUAGAACAACAGUGUAUAAAUAUGGCCAUUUGUAGAACUUCAAUUCCUAGUCGUCAUUAAAAAUAUAAUAGCACAGAAUCAAAACAACGACGAUUACUCGACUAGUUAUGUGUGAUUGCGAUGAUUUUCUCGUAAUUUAGUGGAUAAAAAAAACACCCACAAUAUGCAUAAUACACAUUUUCCGUUAAGGAUCUUGGUAGGGAUUCUAUUGAUGUCGUGCACUGUACAUAUAUGGUCAGCAGUGGACGCCGAGUUUAUAUUGACCAACACCACAAUUACAACAUUAGCAGGACGAGGGUCAGUGCUCGAGUCUCACGCUUGCAACAGCUUUCUAGAAUGUCGACAAAGUUUAAACAACACCGUAUGCAAGGACAAAAACGUCUGCCAGGAAAUUCUAACCUGCAAUGGCAGGAACGGAUGGCCAAGCGUGGAGUACCCAAUGCAGACGUGGGACUACCACAACACGUCAGAUAGAUGUACUGUGAUGAAUAGCCUCCCCUUACCCUACCAGCCGCCUACAUCUCACUGGGCAGGGUACAGAACUCUGCUGGUCAACAGCAGCAGUGCUGUGACGUCUGUGUGUUACUUCCACAUGAACUCUUCCACCAGCAGCAGUUUUACUCUAGUCUUUUGGUUGUCAGCAUCAUGCCAGAACUGCUCAGUGCUCGAAAUGAAACAAGCCAAUAGUAAACCAUCACUGUAUCUACGAGCCACCAACACAUCAAUCUGUUUAGAUCAACAACAGUGUGUUCAACAGCCUGAUAUCAAAACCAAUCUUUCUGUCAUCUUUGUCAGGGUCAUUGGAACUCAGCUGAAAAUUUUCAUAGGAAAUUCUGUUCUAAAUAAGACUGACAUCAACAUAACAGAUCUUUACAUUGGCACCAAUGAAGGUCAAAAAAAUGAUGACCACUUUUUCAUUUUUGGAGUUGAGUAUUAUAAAGAUGCUCUUACAAACAGAGAGAUGUCUUACCUAACAAACGGACAGAAUGAUACAACAACAGAGUUCAAGGACUGCCAGUGUCCAAUAGAUCUAGAAACAUUGACCAGUGGUGACAACUGUACAAACAACAUUUUGUCCUAUCCUAGACUCAAUCGCACCAUCACAUAUUAUGACUUGGGUGUUGUGUUCUUGAAUUCCACAACUAAAAAAUGGGCUUCACCAGAUCAUGGCUCUAUCAAUUUUACCAUUAACUUAAAUGGUUCUUUCCAGAUUGAAACAAUAUCCAUUGCAUUUGAUUCUCAAUUUCCAAACCAAGUUUAUGCCACUUUCAUCUCUAGUGAAUCAAUUUCCCCCUCAAGAAACUUAACUUGUGAUAACAAAAUUUGUAAACUGACAAUGUCAUUUUUAAAUAAAACAAGUCCAAUUGCUGAUUACAUGGCUCAAAUAGCAGAAAAAAUAAACAUCAUAUUUGAAAGAAAGAAUAAAACUGAAGUCUACAGCUACAUUAUUUCCAGCAUAAUUAUAACUGGAAGAUGUGACUGUCAUGGAAAUGCUGGGUACUGUUCAGAGAUAAAUGGAGACUACGUCUGUUCUUGUGAGGCUAGAACCCAUACUCAGGGACCACACUGCCGGACAUGUUCCCCAGCAUACUUCCGCACACUUGAUGAUUUUGACUGCCCUAACAAAUGUGACUGUCAUCCAGAUGGCGUUGUCAGUUCAGCAGAUCCUUGUGCUCAGACCAAUGGAGUAUGUAAUUGUAAAACACACGUAAAAGGUGCUAGGUGUGACAUGUGCAAACCUUUCACGUACAACCUAGCUGGGACAAAUAUAGAUGGCUGCACACCCUGUAUAUGUAAUUCAACUGGGGCACUUUCUUGCAAUAAUGUAACAGGAGCUUGCACAUGCAAAAAUAACACCAGACAGCCGUCUUGUGAUGGGUGCAUAGACGCCCACUACGGCUUCUUCUCACUAGAGGGAUGUACACCUUGCUCCUGUCAGACCUCUGGCACUGUCAAUCAAAGCACGUCAUGUGCUGCUAGUACAGGCGCCUGUUUCUGUAAACAAUUUGUUGAGGGCCAAAAAUGCGAUGCUUGUAAAAAAGGUUAUUACUACCUCGAAGCAGCAAACCUCUCAGGCUGCAAGUCUUGUACCUGUCAUUUAGUCGGCUCAGAAGAUGAGCAGUGUGAUGCCAAUACUGGCCAGUGUCCAUGUAAAGGUGGUGUUGUUACAGAUCUUGUUUGUACUCCAAAAAUUGAGUCAGUAGAUCCAACUUUUGGACCAGUCAGUGGUGGUACCUUGAUCACAAUCAGUGGAAAACUUCUGGGCAACAGAGAAGAUCGUGUCUCCAUAUUUUUGGCCAAUGUUUCUCAAGAAGUAUUAUCUGUAUCUCAGAAUCAGAUUAUCAUUAAAACAAAAGAGCUCUCAUUUCCGCUGUUCACAAGGCCAUUGAUUGUAAGCUGGGAAAAGGUUGUUAACCCCAAUAACUCACAAAUUAAUUUUACUUAUAAGCCUAAUCCAGUAAUAGAAACAUCAAAUGAUUUGACCAUCAACACAUUUAUGAGUGGUGGUUGUGCAGUACCAAUCUAUGGCAGUGACUUACAAAGUGUCAAAUAUCCAUUCCUGAAAUUAGCAAGGAAUGUGACCACGGAUCCAAUUGGGACUUGCCGUCACAACUAUGACAAUGUCAUUUGCCAGACACCAAACUUAAAUAGAACAAAGACAACACCCAAAGAGAGUUUGCAGAUAAAAGCUGUGUUUGACAGCAUAGAGGUAACACUUGGAAGCUUGAAUAUCCAGCCAGAUCCUGUCUUUAAUGACAUGGGAAACAUCAGAUUUCAGUACCCUUUUGAGGACACCAUCACACUAUAUGGCAAGGAUCUAACAGGUGGAUGUAAUGUGAAGGAGUACAAUGUGUACCUAGGGGUGAUCAGCUGUGGCAUUGUCUCAAUCUCAAGCACCCAAAUAGUCUGUCAACCUCCGGUCUCUCCAUUAAGUGGUGAAAGGAAGCUAACUUUAGAGAUCAGAAUAGGUAACAUUAGGAAAGAAGUUGGGACUAUGGAAUACCUGGAUCUGCAUGAAACAACUGGCUUUAUCAUUAUAGUCAGCUGUAUUGCUGCUUUCAUUUUUCUUGUGUUCCUAAUAAUACUGAUUGUAAUAUUCUGCCGCUGGUACCGCAGAAGAAAGAACGCCACCACCAACACGUUUAACAACUUGGAGACUAAAGAUCCUGCUGUUUCUGAAAACCCUGCAAUGAAUACUUACACUGAAUUGACAGCUGAUGCUGCACCAAAAGUAAAAGCUUCCAAUGGCCAUAACAUGCCCAUACAGAUGGUGACAAUCAUCAAAGAGCCAAAGCUUGGAAUAGUCAACACCUCAUAUGAAGAUACAAUGUUGAUUGAGGAGUUUUUACCCAAAGCUGAAGUUGGUCUAAGGGACGACAUCAAACAGUGUUACAUUGCUAGUGGAUACUUUGUGUUAGGCAGAACUUGCUUCAUCAAAGGACAACAAGCUUUACUUACAGAUGGUUCAUUACAGAACACAAGCAGCACAUCAGGUCAAAAGCUGACAAUAAAAUCUCUCAUCAAACCUAUCACAGAAUCAGAACUUCCAACCUGGGCCAACAUAGCCUUAAAAGAGAGCCUCCGCUUGAGGCGCUAUAAGCACACACAUGUCUUGAGUAUACUGGGGAUUGGCAUAGAUAAGGAGAAGUUCCACAUCCUCUACCCACACAUGUCACAAAAUAUUCUUAAAUCUGUCAUAGCUGACUUGAACAGGGAAUUCAGCAAUCACCAGCUGUUGAGCUUCUGCCAACAAGUAGCUGAUGGGAUCAAGUUCCUUGCCUCUAAAGAUGUCACACAUAAAGACAUUGCAGCAAGAAAUUGCAUGGUGGAUGAGUUUUUAGUGGUGAAAUUAAGUGAUGCAGCAUUUUCAUGGGAUUUCUACCCUAACGAGUAUGUGUAUGAUGAGCAGAGAGAAAGGUAUUUGCCUCUAAGGUGGAUGGCUCCUGAAAGUUUAACAGAUGGAUAUUAUGAAAUGAGAACAGACGUGUGGUCUUUUGCUGUACUAGUCUGGGAACUAAUGACCAAGGGAAGUUUGCCCUACCCUGAUGUUAAAGAUGAAGAUGUCAAAGACUGUGUGCUCAAUGGGUACAUGUUGGGGAAGCCAGAUGAUCUUUCAGAGGAUCUGUACAAGUUAUUGUGCAGCUGCUGGUCCAGUGAAGUAGAACACCGCCCAUCAAUAGCACACGUGUCUCAAGUAUUAGGAGAAUAUCUUGAAACUGAUGAUAGUGGAGAAGGUAUAAGAAACAAUUCACAUGCUAGAAAUGGCAUUGGAAGCUUUUUGGCUCCUGUAGGAAAUGAUACUAUUUAUAGCACUACUAACAUGAGCAAAGUAUAAAAAUGUAUUGCUUACAAAUAUACCCCUGUUUGUUUUUAUCAUGUAUUUCACACCAUUACAUGUGUUCUAAGUUAAUCAUUUUCUAAAUUUUCUUCGUUAAUUUUCUUGAAUAAAGAGUUUAAAUAAAUCCAGAGCAAUAAAAAUAAAAAGCAAUGCUCAGACAAGAAUAAGAAUCUUAUUUAAUAUUAAAAAGUAAAACUAGUUUUUUUUUAGGGAAGAUGAUUCAACACCAGUUUAUCAAGUUUUUAAAAAGAUGUAAAAUAUAAAAAAUUAACAGAAAAGCAGCAUAACUAAUUACAUUUUUACAAAAUGGUAAUGCCCUUAACAACUACCUAACCAUUAUAUGGUAAAACUGCUGAUAUAAAGUAAUGAUUGUUUUGAUGGAUAUUAUGUUACUUUUAUUAAAAUACUCAGUACUAAUUUUCUUUGAAUAUUGACAAAUAAUAUAUUAAUUAAGGUACUAUUUUAAUAUAAAUUUUUAAUGUAAAUAAUGUAAACCAUUAACUAAACAUAGUUUAAUGUACCAUUGUUGCAGCACUGAAUAUUUCAAGUUAAACUUUUAUAAAAUGAGUUGUCCUGGAAAGACCAAAUUUGUUAAUUUUGCUACAGGCUACAUUAAAACUGCACCUUGUUAAAAGUAUCUGGCUCAAAUAUGUAAAGCUGAUGUCUAAGUCUUUCUAAAGUAUUAUUUAGGGAACAUCUAUAUACCUAAUGUUGAUGACCUCAGGUCUGGGUUAAGAACCCUUAUGUCUAGGAAUUUGAUAGCUUUGAAAAUCUUAAAUUAAUUAAUUAUAUACACCAGUAACCUUUUAAAAAUAAUUGAAAUGAUCCUAUGAACUAUAAGAACUUGUUGAUACAAAAAGUGAUUAGAUAAACUUAAGCAUUGUAUUUUCCAGGUUUGCCUAAUAUUUUCAGAUUACAAAAAAGUUAUUUUUUAAUAGUUUUGUUUAUAAAAUAAAAAAUACUUUCUGCACAAUUGUUUUCUCUGUGUAGGCCUAAAAUUUACUUGCAGUUUGAAAACUGUUGUAUGACAAGUUUUUAUUUUUAGCAAAACAUUUUUCGAACUUUUACAUCUCUUCUUCAACAUAUCUUAUAAUGUAUAAUGUUUAAUUUCAUUUGAUUUCUAAAUUAGUAGACAGAUUUAGUUUAGCUAUUCAUUAUUUUUUAUAGGUAUUUCUCUUUCUACUUAACCAAAACAUUUGUUUAUAACCUUCUACCACAUUUAGUGAAUGUGAUCUUUUUAUCUCACAUGAAAAAAUAAACACAUGGCAAUGCAUUUUUUAUUUUUGAAGUUAAUAUUUUACUGGUAUUUUAAUUAAAAGCCUUUAUCACAUUGUGUAAGUAAAUUAAAAUACCAAUAAUUGCAUUGUUUAUAAUUAUUAUUAGUUUUAACCUUAAUUUUAUUUUAAGAAGAUGUUGCAUGCAUUUCAAGAUUUUGUGAACAAAAAUAUGUGGCAGUAUUAUACAUGCUGCUGAGUUUAACAGUGUCAAUAAUAUGUGGUGUAGGGGCUACAACAGAAAAAUACAAAUCCUGUGUUAUGAAUGGCUGUGUAUAGCCUAGUAUACAAUGAAGAUUUUGAUAUUCUGAACAUUUACAUCUACAAUAAUGAGGGUUUCUUUCUCACAUUUAGCUCUAUGAGGCAGGGCAGUUAUAAAUUUGACUAAAAAACAUAUUUUCUAGUUAAAAUUUCAAUUUAAUGACUUUUUAAUCUUGCCUAGUAGAUAGGGGGGUUUGGGUAGAACAUGUUCUGGAAAUAUUCCUGUUAGAAAAAACAACAACACCGAUUGGCGAUAAUAAGUCCAGACUAACCUAAAGAUUGUUUUUACUUUUCUACCAAGAUACACAAUUUAAGCUAGCUUGUAUUGGGAAAUUUUUCUGAGGAGAUUGUAGCAGAGUAAGUACCUGUUGUAUUGCACCUGUAUAAUUGUCAGAAGUUAUAUGUAGCAAUGAAAUCAUAUACAAUGCUUAAUUGUAAUAUCCGUAUGAGUAUUCAUACACUGCACAGGUUUAAAGUCCCUAUGUAGAAGGCUUGAGAGUGACAUGGCUUUAGAAUUUCAAAAUACUUUAUUAAAUGUAACAUUAAAACAGUUUACAAGAAUUUAUCUAGGUCUUUUUAGAAAUAGCAUGAGAUCAGUGUAAUAACUAAAGCUGUAAGUCCUGUUUGUUGGCAUAGCUGUUCAUAAAAUGUGCAGAAUUCUUUGCUCAACCAUGGCCCUUUAAAAUUUUGCUGUAUUCCGGUAAUUAGUUGAAGUGUAAUAGACACUACCAAACAAAGGGACUGAAACAACUUGUACUAGUGUAUCUUGUAUUAUCUACUUUUUAAUGUUGCCAGAGAUUUAAUUGUAGAUGUUUGCAUUACAUUGAAUUUUUAAAUUGUAACCUAAAAUUUAACUUACAAUAAUUGCAAAUUUAUUUAGAUUACUUUUUACCCUGUUGCAAAAGCCUUUCUUAAACAAAGUUACUGAAAGUACCUCUGCUAUAUGUUUGCAAAGCAUGCUUAUUAUAGAUGAUUGUAUAUAUUCUUUAAAAACUAAAUAUUUUCAGCAAGAAAAUAAAAUCAUUGAAAGGAAGAAGAUCUGCAGGAAAGAUGCAAUGAUGAGUAAGAGUAGCUGCUCUUGUAACUGUGUAUUAUAUUUAUGACUUUGAAGAUGGUCUUUCAUAAAUGUACAUAGUUCUGUCCCAUUCUGUAUUUAAUAAUUUAUAAGUAAGAUAUAUUUUUAUAUUAGCCCAUAAUAGCCAACUAAGUCAAAACAUU